AUGACAGCGGCUUCCACCCCCGCUACUCCAGGCCCUUCGAGCCCUACAGCAGCCCGAACUAUACCCCUUGAGCAAUUGAAGGCCAUGAAUGAUACUGAGGAUAUUGUGCCCCCAACAAGACCGAGCAGUACUCCUUUUCCGCAACAGGAAUCAUUGGAAGGUGAUAUUCAGUGUUCGCGACGCUUGAAGACCACAGAAUCGAUGGCGAUUGAGCAUCAUGUCGAGCCGGACUCAAAUUUUGCGAGUGACCCAGAAGUUCGGGGUUUGUCCCAACCCUCAUCGCUAUGCAAUCUCCCAGUCGAAAUCCAUGAAUGUAUCCUAGAUCACCUAUUCGGAAUGCGCCUCUCGGUAUCUGUGGCGUCAAAAACCGCAGCUUCCGGGCGAUCGAAAGUUUUACGGGGUUGGGGCACAGCUUUAAGACACUCACGAAGACGGGAAGUAUCAGAACUGGCACUUGUUAGUGUAAAAUGGAGACAGCUCAUACAAGACCGACUUUAUCGCCACAUAAAGAUCAAAGCUACUAGGGAUUCUGUCGAGCAGGCUCUGAUGUGGUUUCAGAGGAACCCGCAUCUAUGCAGCUACGUUAAACAUAUUGAGUUCUGGUUUCCAGUUUUUCAGCAAAAGUCACUGGCGGAUCGGACGUUCCGUAUACCAUCUGUUACCAAUCCCUCCACCCCGACUCAGACUCCGGCACACGCGGGAGAGCCAGGCAAUACCCCCAGUUACCAAUCGCCGAACAACAAUUGUACUUUGGAUGAAGUCUUUUGGUUCGUUCGAUACGCUUUCCCGGAAGCACGUGUUCUCAGCUUAGAGGGCGGAGAGAGGAAAAAGCCACCGAUGGUCCAGCAGUUUAGGGAUCCAUCGUCUCAAUCACUACCUGUACUGGAGACAAUCAAGACUCUAGUCUGUAAGGGCCAGUGGAAUUUGAUUCGGUCAAAUGAUGAUUUUCAAAAUAUAGCUGCGGCGUUACCAAAUCUGGUCGAGUGGCAUAGUUCAUAUGCAAGAGGAAAGUCCAAGAGCUACCUCUGCAUGGCUGUCAUCCUGCCAAAUUUGCCACAAAAUCUGACAAAUUUGAAUCUUUGUCUAGAGAAUGACUUCCGCCGGGAAGCUGUGUCUCCGUCAUUCUGGAGGAAAGUUGGUCUAAAGACACACUUCUGCGUUGAGAUGGCAAAAGCAAUGCCGGCCUUGGAGCACUUCGCAUACACUGGAAGGGUCUGCCGCUCUUUCUUCGACACUGCAGCCAGUCUAUCAAAUGUGCGGACUUCGCGUUUACGGAGCGUUGAUCUCAUCGUCAGAAAUGUGUGUAGACCUACUUUUCAGUGGAAUGACGGAUCGGGAAUUACGGAUAUGGCUUUCAUCGAAGCUUUUGAGCGGCUUGUGAUCUCCGCUGUCCGAUCUUUGGACAAAUUGGCUGUGCUGGAAUCGCUCCGAAUCAAAUUCAUUGACCUUGAUUCUGUAGUUCCAAGCUUGAACCCAUAUUUUCAGCUUCAGGACAACAAAUGCACAGGUAUUUGGAGCGAUCAGAUUGUCGAGGAUCUCGCGAGGACCAGACCCGGAGCGUCCUUCGCUGAAAAGUCGGAGAGCCUCGGAGAUGUGCCUCUCUUCAAGGACGGUCAGCUCCUCGGACCUCCCACUCUCUCCAAAACUCGGCCCUCCUCUAUUAAAAUCUCUACGUAUGCGUCUCUCUCUGGUGGAAUUACUAUAACGUGA